AUGGGGUCGACAGAAAAGGAUGUCGAAAAUGAAAUAGUAAGGGACUCGGUAGAUGGACAAGUGUUGGUAAAAGAGGAGCCUUUAUCUGGCAGUGGAAAUAGUAGUGGAAAGACGAGUUCUGAACGUAAAAAUGCUUUAUCGUAUGCUAACAUUCUCCGCUCGAGGAACAAAUUUGUGGAUGCCGUUGCUGUCUACGAGAGUGUGUUCGAGAGGGAUGGUGAAAACGUUGAAGCUUAUAUUGGUAAAGGGAUUUGUCUGCAGAUGCAAAACUUGGGGAGGCACGCAUAUGAGAGUUUCGCUGAAGCCGUAAGGCUGGAACCACAAAAUGCAAGUGCACUCACACAUUGUGGUAUCUUGUGUAAAGAUGAGGGUCGUCUGGUGGAGGCAGCUGAGAUGUAUCAGAAAGCUCUAAAGGCUGACCCAUCAUACAAGCUAGCAGCAGAAUGCUUGGCAAUUGUCUUAACAGAUCUUGGCACCAGCCUAAAGCUUGCUGGAAACUCCCAGGAGGGAAUUCAGAAGUACUAUGAAGCUAUUAAGAUUGAUCCACACUAUGCUCCUGCUUACUAUAACCUUGGUGUUGUGCAUUCGGAAAUGAUGCAAUAUGACACGGCCCUUAAUUUUUAUGAAAGAGCUGCUGUAGAGAGACCCAUGUAUGCCGAAGCCUAUUGCAACAUGGGUGUUAUCUAUAAAAAUCGUGAGGAUUUGGAGUCAGCAGUAGCCUGUUAUGAUAGGUGUUUAGCUGUUUCCCCAAACUUCGAGAUUGCAAAAAAUAACAUGGCCAUUGCCUUAACAGAUUUAGGCACAAAGGUUAAAUUGGAGGGUGACAUCAACCAGGGUGUUGCAUAUUAUAAAAAGCUCUUUGCUAUAAUUGGCACUAUGCUGAUGCCAUGGGUGCUAUACAAGGACCGUGAAAACCUCGAUAAAGCAGUAGAGUGUUACAAGAUAGCUUUAUCUAUAAAACCUAACUUUACACAGUCACUGAACAAUCUUGGAGUUGUAUACACUGUCCAGGGUAAAAUGGAUGCUGCAGCAAGCAUGAUUGAGAAAGCUAUUGUUGCAAAUCCGACAUAUGCAGAGGCAUAUAAUAAUUUGGGGGUAACAUAUCUUUAG